CGCUUGUUUAUCUUAAAUUUUAGUUUGUCUUCUUCCUCGUCCGUCCUUUUUUCUUUUCCCCCAUGUCAGCGAAAGGUAUAGAGGCUUCUCCUGCCAAGGAAAAGGAAUUGGCCGUAUUACCUCCUCCUUCUGCCUUAUUCGGUUCAUCCUACUUUUAUCCUCCUUCUACCUCCAAUGGACAUGGAUACACAAAUGACAACGCCGCCGGGGCUCCAGUCAUGGGCUCACCGAAUGCCAGGCCAAUGUAUAUCUUGCCACCUCCUUCGUCUUUGCCCGGUUAUCAUUUGCCACCGCCCCAUCAGCCACCCAUGCAAUAUGUCUAUCCAUCCCCACACAUGCCUUCCUCCAACGAUACCUACAAAUCUUCUGAACCACCUUACAACAUGUAUUAUUAUCAUCAUCAUCAUCAGCAGCAGCAGCAGCAUCAAGCGCCUCCUCCCCCUCCACCACCGGCUCCUCUACCUCCCGUCGCCGCCGCCUCUUCAUCAUCGGCGUCGCCGUCCACAAGAGAGGAGAUCAUUAGUACUUCUGCUGGAAAGAGAGAACUGGAAUCGUCGUCGUCGUCGUCCGAAAAACCAAAACGGAAACGCCGUAUGGCCGACACUAAAAGGAAACCAGGUCGUCCAAUCCAGCAAAGUCCGCCUUCGACGCCACCUGCCAAUUAUCAUUAUGAAGUCAUUGAACUGCAGCAGAAAAAGAAACCUUCAAAGAAACAGCAACGCAAAGAGAACGAAGCUGUGAGUGCGGCCGCGGCGACAUUGGCCUCGUUUGCCAACAGUAAUUUCGAUGCUUCGACGCCUCCUUCCACCCCACCUUUCAUGGACGAAUGUGAAGACUUGGAAGAAGCGGCAUGUGUCGGUCAAGGUGAACUUGAAUGCGAUCAAUGCGGCAACACGUACCAACAUCUCAACUGUCUACAACGUCACCGUUGGGAACAUGCCGACGGAUGGAAAGAAAUUCAGGGCCGUCUCGGUAUGAGCAAACAACAGCAAGUUCAACUUUUAGAGGCUGCCCAAAUUCUUAUGGAUAUUGCACGGUGUGGUAUGCGUAUGAGAGUCGUCAACUGAGUGUGUCUAUUUUUCCAAUGAAAAUUGGAUUUCCCUCCUCUUUCUUUCCCUCCCCACCCCCCAUUUCCCUGAAAAAAUAAGAAAAAAAAGAAAAACUCUAUAUACAAAAAAGUUAUUCCACAGAAUAAUGAUCCCUCAUUAUUUUUCUCUGCAUGUAAAUAGUCUCUUGGCGGUUUCUCCAAACCAAUUCAAAUGUCAUUCCUAUAAAAACAAUAAAAAAACCGCUUUGUAUCAUCCUACACAGUCAAUUCAACAUAGGAUGGUUGAAACUGUCUUGAUCAUUGUUGCCAUGGUGAAAAAGGUUGCAAAAACGGGGAAAAAUGUGGUUCUAUUUAUCCG